AUGCCGUCGAAUAUCCAGGUCUUUGUGAAGUGGAAGGACCAGACUAUAUUCGCGGGGGAGAAUGUGGAAUGCACAAUUACUUUCAAGAACGUCUCAGAAACCGCGUCGGAGAUAGGUCAUGGAGGUGAAGCUGGCCAGCACCAGCGGAAGCUGUCUCGGGUUGCCAAUCAUGCCAGCAGCUCCAACUCAGACUCCUUCUUCUCGUUGAAAUCCCCCCAGAGUCUCUUUUCAGGGCGACGAUCCUAUUCCAUCAGCUCCCAAAGAAAAUCUUACCAUCGAACCGCAUCGUCAUUGAGCUCCCCGCUUGUCUCCUCGAGCAGCUUUCCGCCGACCAGCAGUCCCUCUACCCCUCGAACUUGGCAGCCAGGCCAUAGUCACAAACGAUCCAUCUCCAUUCUCUCUAUUGAGAGUGAAAGCCCAUCUGAAAAAACUGCCCAAACCUCAACCCCCCGGCAGGGCCAGGCCGGCCAGGGGUCAUGGACGCUCCACAAGAAAAUGACAAGAGCUCCCAUCCGCGCCACUCCAUUGGCAGAGUCCCCGAACGAGUCGGGCCCUGGCAACCUCAAAGUCGACACAUCUCACCUCGGACGAGCAAGUCGACCAGAAUCUGCCGCAACCAGCCCAGUUGUGCCGCGAGAGCAAUUGCGCCAACCCUCACGAAGACCUCCACCACCUCAAUUCGAUUUCCAAUUCCCGGCUGCCCCUCCGCCCAAUCAAAACAGCCGUCCUGCCCUGUCCCCCUCGCCGAAGUCAGCAGAAAGGGCGCCAUCGUCGGGGGCGAAGCCAGUGGCAAAAGAGACGGCAGGACUAGCUGGCCCUUCGCACCAGCAGCUUGCGCGGGUGAUAUCAGCCUCAAGCGUGAACGGAAGCAGCCGAAGCAGUGGGGAGUUCUACUCGGUCAGUGACCAUUCGAGCGACACACUAGCAUCAGAAUAUACAAACUACUCGGCACAGGGCGCACGCCCACCUCCUUCUGCACGACAUGCCAGACAUUACUCGAGUGCGGUGGCUUCAUCAGCCAAGCUCGCCGACAGCCAGGCGCUGUUGAUGGGCUACGCGCAAAUCAGUGCAUCAUUUACUGUCGAUGGUUCUUUAGUCAACCAAUCCGCCUUUGAUGAGGUCAAAAGAAAGGGUGUAGUUGGUGGUCAAGCCGGUUCUGGCGGACUCCCGGGACGACCAGGCUCAUCCAGUGCCGACCGCUCUCGCAAAGGUGGAGGUAGUGGGUUCUGGGGUCAAUUCAAGUGGAAUGCCAUCGAGGAAUCAAUAAAUGGAUUCUUGUCGAAUAACGAACUUGAUGGCCUGCGAGAGAUGCGUGGAGUCGUUUCCUCUCGAUCAAUUCCGCUGUUGUCCACACCACAGUCGCUCCUUUUUGUCGACCUCCGACUGGCACCAGGAGAGGAGCAAUCCUUCUCUUUUUCCUUUGCCCUUCCUAGGGGCCUUCCAGCAAGCCACAAAGGAAAAGCCAUCAAAAUAUCCUACAACCUAGUCAUUGGCACCCAGCGACCUAGCGGGCCGAAUGAACCUCAACGGGUUAAUCGCAUAAACGUCCCAUUUCGGGUUUAUAGUGGUGUCAAUGACAAGGGAGAUGUUCUCGGGCAUGAUCUAAUGUCCCCAUACGUUAUUCUGCGCGACGAAGCCAAGGUGCAGAAGCUUGGCCCCGGCACCCCUGUGAUCCCGAAACACCAAAGCAUCAGUGGGCCAUGGGGCUCAGCAGGAGAAUUUCUGUCCUAUGUGGACGACAUCCUCGAACAGCGCGCACGCUCUAAUUCACUCUUCCCACCAGGCGCUCUUCAGGAAAGACGAUCAAGUUUUGACGGGCUUCCUCCUCAUGCGUUGUCUUGUAAAGAUAUAAUUGAUUUUGCGAUUCUGCGGAGCAACCAAGCUGUCCACUCUCGACGCAGCCCCAAUCGAUUUGAGAUUGCCCGUGACGGCCAACGCAUUGCUGUGGUUGUCCUCAAUCGACCAGUGCAUCGCCUCGGUGAAACUAUCAUUGCUACUGUAGACUUUGGUGAGGCCUCCAUCCCGUGCUAUGCGGUGCGGGCGUCCCUUGAAACAUCUGAAAAAGUUACCCCCACCAUCGCCGUUCGAUCGAACGCAAGCAUUCACCGAACCACCCGCCGCAUCCAUGCCUCUCUUUUCGAGAAUACCCUUUAUGCCACUCGUGUGGUCUUCAACCCUGCUAUCCCUAUUUCCGCUACCCCUACGAUCCUGACGAGUGGCGUGACGCUUGAUUGGGACCUGCGCUUCGAGUUUGUCACGCCGAAUCUGGCGCAUGAGCAGGAACAUGAGCAUGGCCCCUCAGGGACCGGGCUUCUUGAAACCCUCUCAUCUGACGACCGGGGCAAAGUCUUGUCUGCGAUGGAGCAUCUAGGAUGCGAAUCCUUCGAGAUUUCUAUCCCGCUGACAGUCUAUGGUGAAACCGUCCGAGAGCAGUUGCCAGAGGAAAAGGAGGGAUAUGCCAUCUAA